GUGUGUGUGUGCGCGCGCGCGUGCGUGGUUCGUUCGUUCUGUCUCCAGGCUAGUGGCUAAGUACUGAGGGCUUCAUCUAUCUAAAAGGAGUCAUUUCCAUCUGAAUGUGGCAGCACCGGGACACAGCAGCAGAGCGUCCACAUCCAGAAGGCUGGAGCCAUGUUUCACUGACAGGCUGUCAGACUAAAGCCCUGAUGAGCUCAGCUGGGACAAACUGGUCUGAUGUUUAGGAACACAGAACGUUCAGAUGUUGGACCUUCACUUCACCUACUGAGGAAGGAGACCCACCAGUAAAGAGAUGGUAGCUGGACCAGACCAAAAAUAUGGCGAUGACAUCAUUGAACUGGUCUUUGGAAAAGUUUUCCCUGAACCAACUCCGUUUCUAGAUGAGGUAGAGAAGACCUGCAUCUCACCAACCCUCUGAUCUCAGUUUUCAGACAACAGAGGUCUCCCACUGUUAUCCAGGACCAGUUUGAAGCCCACAUACUGCCCCUCCCUCAUCAUCAGGAAACAUCAAUCCGUAUCCUGAGGACAACAGAAGACGGCAGGAGGACAGGAACUCUGAGACCUAGAUACCACCAGCACCGAGACACAAAGCACCUGUGUGCACAACGCCUGUUUAACUACUAAAGCCUGUUUAUUAUAUUGUUCUACUUAUUUGCUGUGAGGUGAAUACUUAGAAAAUUUGUAUAUUAAUGUAAACAAUUUAAAAAAUCACUGAUUGUAUGUUUUCUUUUAGAUGUAAUGGUCCAAACUCAGCCUUGUAGACAUUUAUUGCAUCCUGUAGGUAAAUACACAGAACAGGCUCAGAUCCAGGAUGACCCAGCAUGCUCUUCUUCCAUUCUGGCUGUUAGGGAUUGUAUCAAUAACUCAAUGCCUACUGAUGUUUCCACCUAACGGUAUUUAUUUAGAAUGCAGGUAAGAUUUAACUAUGUUUGUUAGCAAAGCAGACUGAUCUUGGGAAUUUCACUGCAGCACUGAUGUCCACCUCUCUGUACACAUUAGAGAGAAUUACCACUUUACAGCAAAACACACAUUUAAUAAAGAUAUAGGCUACACAUUGCAGACAAUUAAAAAGUUGUAAGCAUUAGAAUUAUAAUGAUCACAUUAAAGAACAUUUGGAGGAAUGUUCUUUAUUUGUCACUAGAAUCUCAAAUCUUUAAAUUAAAAUGUAACUGCUUUUUAUCCAUUUUCAGCCAUUAAGACACCCAAUAUUAAAUAAGACUACUUAUAAAAUUAUUUAUAAUUAUAUGUAUGUAUAUAUAUAGAUAGAGAUCUUAAUAAAAUAUAUUCUUUUAAUGGUGUUUUAAUGAGCUGUAUCAUUUUUUAAAACAUUUUUUAUAGAAAUAAAUAAGCAAGCAGCAUUCCUUGUGUGUGUGUGUGUGUGCGCGCGCGCGUGCCUGCUGCUUGUCCUUCCGUCGGCCGUGACGGGUGUGUGUGUGUGUGCGCGCGCGCACGUGCCUGCUCACUUGUCCUGUCGGCCGUGACGGAUGUGUGUGUGUGUGUGCGCGCACGUGCCUGCUCACUUGUCCCGUCGGCCGUGACGGAUGUGUGUGUGUGUGUGCGCGCACGUGCCUGCUCACUUGUCCCUCCGUCGGCCGUGACGGGUGUGUGUGAGUGACUACAGACAAAUGCAUGAGAGAGUUAGCAGCCUUGAAACAGCUUGAUGAACUACUCUCCCCACAUGUUUUAAAAAUGCUAAUAUGCUACGCUAAAUCUGCUAUGCUAAAUAAUGAUUUCUCUAUAGAACUACAAAGUCCGACUGGGGGAGGAGAGUACAGGUCUGCACUAUGGAGGGGGGGCGGAGUUUACAGCUCCUCCUCCAGUUUAAAGAGACAGUACCCCAAAACGGCUCGUUCUCAAGACUCUCCUCAGAACAGGGGUAGAUGAGGGUCUGUAGAGCAACAAUAAUGAGGAAAUCAGACCAAAGAACUGCAGUUCCACUGUAUUUAGACCCCAACUGAAGGAUUUAGAUGUAAAAAGGAAUAACUUAAAAGCAUGUUAUGUCUCCUUUAAAAAGAAGCUUAUAAGGUUGAUACAUAUAUUUUAUAAAAGAAGCUUAUAAGGUAGAUACAUAUAUUUUCAACAGCUUGGUUGAAGGUUGCAUUCCCACGUACUUGGUACCACUGGACCUGCUCAAAGAUAGUUUGACAGCUGCUACCCCCUCUACUGUACACCUUUCACAAAUCUGCCUAGCGUACAGCCUAGGCAGUGCAAUUCCCAUUCAUGUUGAUGCAGAAAAUUAGAACUCGGUUUCCUGUUAAAUGUUCCCAUAAUUGUGACACCUCACAUCUAUAGGCUUAAGUCUCUGCUAAACGUUGGUAUUUAAAAGGACGGUUGACAUUUCCACCUUGAACUAGAAACCUGGCACUUCAUCAUCCCAACCUCGAACAGCAUGACUCAGAGAUUGGGAUCAUGGACGCUUUCCAGGGUUAUAACUUUACCAUCGAUUUAGAAAUUGACCAACAAUUGCUGAUUGAAGGAACCAAACUUGUUAAGUUCACACAAACCCCGCGUGAACUUACUCUGACACCCAUGAAUAGAUACCCAAGACGCUACAUAGACACAGAUUAUAUGAAAAUAUAUUCUCAUAUGAGCUCUUUUAUAUUAGUAUAAGCUCUUUUAUAUGAACAAAUAUGUUUCUCUCACUUAUGCUCCUUAUAUAUUAUCAUGAAUACAUUAUUAUAUGCCUUUUCUUGGAAUCUUGUUAUAAUAUCGAAAACCUCUCUGUGCCUUUUCUGCUCAAGCUGAACAGCUGCAUGUUUUCCCCUGCACAGAAAAGGGAGUGAAAGUGUUCCUUCCUUCAGUUCCUCAAUACAAGAACAACUGUCUUUGUUAGCAAAGGAUGUUGCAGGAUGUGUCCUGGUCAUCUCAAGGUUGCAUGUCCUUGGGAUGAAUUGGUCUUUCAUUAACAAGGCUAUUAGCUGACGUGCGUCUGCAGGUGCAGAUGGCAGAAUUACGUGUGUGUAUGGCAAACUGCGUAUGUUACAUUCCUGUGCUUUUCAAUAAAAAUCAGCCGUUUCAGCAGAACGGCGAGAGUCUGUCCGAAGCAACUGUCAGGAGCAGAUCGCGGGACCUGCUGGAAGUUGCAAGGCUCUCCCCCUCUCGAGCGGUGAAACAGUGACUGGACUUCUCUGAUCAUUUGUCUCCACAUUCUACCAACUCAAAAGGUGUUUAACUCCAUCUUCUCCGUACCUGUGCUUGGUCUAACAGAAGAAAGACCAACAAAAUUUGGCGUCAUGAACAGGAUUUUUUCUUUUUGAAGAAAAAGGAGUUUUUGGAGGACGAUUUGACCAACCGACCCAGCGAACGAUCUUGGCACAAAACACCGCGGUGAAAAACUAAGGUAAGCAGGCCUUAUUUUCUAAAAUCUGCUCAUUGGAUUUAUCCAAAGCCUUUGUGUCCAGAAUCAUAGUAGCUGUGGUCCUUAAAUAAUAGUUGGAGAAGAAAGUGGAGGCAAGUGCAGAAAAAAUAAGAGAUUUUUGUAAUGGUUUAAUGGUAAAAUAAGAUAAGGAUUUUUUACAAUGGUUUAAUGAUAAAUGAGAUAAGGAAAUAGUACAGAAGAGGGGUUGGAGGCCCAGGGUUAUUAGAAAAGCCCUAAAAUCCAUUUUCCAGGUCGUGGCUGACCACACUAUUUGCUGACGAGUGAAUAGAAAAUAUAACGAGGUUAUAUAACGCUUGGCUAGGAUUCCAUAGGGGUGGGAACCCUAAAAGUCCACAGGUCGAGGACCUGGUUCGGGUUAAGGCCCUGGGAGGCUAAAGAGAGCUCCCUAAAUUUUAAAGCACAGGUCGAGGACCUGGUUCGGGUUAAGGCCCUGGGAGGCUAAAGAGAGAGCUCCCUAAAUUUUAUAGCACAGGUCGAGGACCUGGUUCGGGUUAAGGGCAUGGGAGGCUAGAGAGAGAGCUCCCUAAAUUCUAAAGGUCGAGGACCUUUGCAUGAGAUGAGAAAAAUGUUCUAAGGUAACUGUUUUUGCAUGAAAUGAGCAAUGUUUUUAACUGUUUUUGCAUGAACUGAGCAAUGUUUUUAACUGUUUCUGCAUGAAAUGAGCAAUGAUGUUAUGAAACUGUUUUUUUUUUUUACACAAAACACACGCUAUAGUUGGAGAACACGCUGUAUGAAUGUCAAGUCUCAAUCAGCUUUGUCGGUAAAACAGAUGGAGCUGACUGAUUAACUUGAAUUACAUAAUAAAAGAGACAGAAUAAACUCCAAAUGAGAGUGAAUAAGUCUCUUUAGGCUUAGCAAACAUAUUAUCUGCUCUCACAAGUGCAGAUAGUAAGGAUAAGUGUAAAAACACAUAGAUUUUUCAUAUCACAGCUAAUAGGGAUUAGUUGAAUAAGCGGUGAUCACCACACCCACCGCAGUUAAGAUGGGUAAUGAAUGAAUGAACUGUACUAACAAAUUGUAUGUGUAAGUGAGAGAAAUACAGCGCGCCUUUGUGGAUGCUCUAGGCAAGAUUUCCUCACCUGAAAUACGGUUGAAGAAGGAAAUACCACAAAGGUCAUUGGCACUGUCUCACUAAUUAAUACUGGUGAGUUAGAGCCCCCUAUGGGCUAAAACCCUCAUCAGUCCAAAUUGUCACCAAAAUUAGCAACAUACUAACAGAAUGAUGGAAAAAGAAUAUGAUUGUGGAACGGAGGAUGAUGGAUGGGGACCUAAUGACAUUCUGAGUACAUUGGGAGAGCAAUUAGCUUGCAUAGAGACUGUAAUAAAUAUGACAAGCAGCCCAGUUGAAGCCACGAGAAAUAAGGUUUUAUUGAGAAAGUCAGCAGAAAAGGCGAUGAAGGAAAAAGGAGUAGAUGUUAACAGCAGAGGAAACUGGAGCAAGAUUUGGGAAGUGAAGGCUGCAGAAGCGAGAGAAAAAAGGCAGGAAGCUGCAGAGACUCUGAGGGAAGCUGGAGUGUUGGCAAGAAAGAAAGUAAAAAGUGAGGUUGACAAGCAGGCAGCUCGUGUGAGUAACUACAUGCAGUGGAUAAUGUUAUGGAACGCCGCCAGGCCUAAUAUGAAGAGAGUAAAAAAGGAGAAUAAAUCUCCACCUCCUUACUCUUCUGCUGCUCCGACAGCUGGAAUGUAUCCAUUAAUUAAAGUUACAAGCGGUACAUUGGACAUUCAGCCUGAAGUUCCGCUUGAUAAUAUGAGUGAGUGGUCAAGUGUAACUAUGACAUCAGGAUCAGACGUUAAAGUCAGGCCCUCAGCCCCUGAGACACAUAAUCCUUUUCUGAUAAGCAAUGAAACAUUAAACAGCAGUCCUUCUGCGAACAACUCAGCUGCACCAUUCGAAUUAAGAGCUAAACGACAGGACAUAGAUAACUCACAAAAACAAUUCACCACUCCCUACUUCAGUCAGGGCCUGGUCGCACCUGACUACAGCACGGGUAUGAGCUCCCAUGCUCCCCCUCCAGCGCCUUGGGUAAACUGCCCACCAGUAUGGCCUAAAGCACCAGAUCAAAAGCAAACACCAAUUUUUGCAUCCUCCCAAUUAAAGGGUGAAGAGCAGGAAGACCCUAAUAAAAGUGUAGUGGUUAAGAUGGUUCUGGUAGGGCAUGAAUCAUCUGAUCCCCCUCCAGCAGCCAGUCAGAGUCAUGAAUCUCUCCUAGAGGAGGAAUGGCCAGAGCCGCCCACUAAGGAAGAGUUUGGGGGAGAAGGGGAUUUGCUUUCCCGCCCUCAAUCCCCAGAACCAGAAAGAAGACACAGUAGGUCCAUGGGACCACCCACUUACCAAUUACCCCUGGUGCAGAAUAAACCCAACGCCCAGAAAGUCUAUCAGCCGUAUUCCCUUGGGGACAUUCAGGCUUUAAUAGAUAAAUUACCAGACAUACAGGAGGGUGGAAAUACUUGGCUCUCAGACUUUGACACCCUCACUGCUGGACAGGAUCUUGCAUUGGGAGACUUCAGAGCAGUAAUCACUAGAUGCACGUCACGCUCACAGGCGGAGGCCUUAGAGAAGGAUGCUGGCACAACUCGUGAUUCUAAUUCUGUACCUCUCGGUAGAGUGAUAGCUCAAUUAGGCCCAGCAGUUAGAAGGAUGUUUCCGCUGAAAGAUAGCAGCUCAAUGUGCAAAUUUAAAUGGGAUGCUAAACAAAAUCCCUCAAUUUACCUGAACCAAGCCAUUGACACCUGGGUGGCCCAAACUGGCCAACACCCAUCCAAAUGGGGCACGAGUAGUAUGUGGUUUAAAAAUGCAGUCCUGAAAGGAGUCCCUGACUUGGUGACUCAGAAAAUGGAAGACAACCCUGAUUUGCAGGAUUGUGAUUUUAGCAAGUGGAAAAAACAUCUUAUUUUUAACCUUAAUAAAAUGCAGGUAAAGGAAGAAAAAGACUCUGAUGACUUGGAAGAUUUACAAAAACAAUUGCUCAGGGUCCAAUUACAAGCCGCAAAAAAGACUUUAGGAGAAAAGGGGGACAAGGUUAAGAAACAAAUGGUUGCGUCCACAGCCACACCCCCACCACAGCAGACACUCCCUGAUCAGGUUUCACCUAUAGCUUGGCAGCCGCAGACACCAUAUUCAGGGCAGCCACAGCCACAAUAUUCAGGGCCAUAUGUAAACACACCCAACCCAUAUGCUGCCCAGCGACCACCUUUUACUGGUCGAACCAGAGGCGGUUUCAGGGGAAGGGGACAGUGGAGGCCAGUAGGCGGCAAAGGGGGACCACGUGCUCAAGACAUUUGCUACAACUGUGGUCAACCAGGACAUUGGUACAGGAACUGCCCCUUGCCAUACAGCCCACAAAAGGAAGGUCAAGGCAGAGGCACCUUUUCAGGAAGAGGAGGGCCUACCGGACCCCACACCCAGAUGCCAAUGAUGGGCUGGGAACAGUGGGAGGGUGGUCCAAGACAAUAGGACGC